AUGUCACUGUCGCGCCCCGCGUGGCCUGCAGGCCCUGCCCGGCCUGUCCCCUCCACACGGCCUCCCGAGGACCCCGCUGCGACGCCACCCAGCAGCAAGCGGCCUCGUCUGGAGGAGCCUGCCGGCGUCUCGGCGGCGGCGUGGCCGCUGCUUGUGGUGCCUCGCUUGUCUGAGGUAGAAAAAGUCUGGGAGUGGUCGCCCAGACCCUUCCCAGCGUUCCUCAUUCCAAAGAACCCGGGCAGCUCAGGCGGCGGGAGGCAGCAGUGUGGCCCGGGGUGGCAGGACAGAACGUUCCAGACGCAGAGCUGUUGGCAGUCUGGAGUCUCAGGAAGAACAGGUUGUUCGAGGGCUCCAGAAAAGUCUCAGGAACCGGGGCUGCAGGAGGUUAGGGAGGCUCUAGGUGUGCGCCAUGAUGACCCAGCAGAAAUGAGUCCCGUUCUACCCAACACCUCCAAGCCCGGUAUCCAAAGAGUCAAACCUGAGCCUGAAGAACUUCCUGCCCCAGGGAAGGGAACUACUCUGAAAGAAAAGAAUUCUGUGAGACAGCCAGGAAGCCCAUUUCUAGAUGUUACAUUUUCUGAGGAAACUAAGCCAACAUUAUAUGACAUUAAGGACAGAUGUAAAGUUGUCAGUGUCAUAACCUCAGAGAAAAAAGAAAACAUUUCAUCAUCUACACUAAAAAUACCAAGACUUCAAAACCAGGCCUGCUUGGGAAGCGCCAAACCAGGUUAUUUUAGAGAUAACAUCACAAUAAUUUCCCCUGAGUUCCCAAGGGAUUUAAAUAGCAACAUGUCCUUUGUCUAUUUAAAGGAAAUAGCAAAGAAAAAGAAUGACAAAGUUGUGGCAUAUGCUAGAGAUUUCACAAACAUUUUCUGGUCCCAAAAUAGACCUGAUGCUAAGAAACAAAAGUUUCAGGAUGAUAAAAAAAUUGUAUUUGUGGAAAAUGAUUUUUGUGGCUAUUAUGAAAGUCAACAGCAGUCACUCCCUGUUGAAGGGGAAAUAGACUUGAUCAGUUUAAACUGCUGUCACCGUAGUAGUAUCGAGGGUGAUGUAAGAUACUCCAGCAAGAAUUCCACACUAACACUAAAAGAUGCUAACUGGGAGGGAACAGAAAGGAAUCUAGACUGCUACCUACCUACCACACAAGAAGAAUCUCAAAGCUGGGACUCUAACAGAGCUAUUUUGAAAAGGAAGAGACAAAAUUCUUGGAUAAAGAAAAAUUUUAGGGUUAUCUGUGGAACUGUGAAAAAACUUACAGAAAAUUCAAAUUUGGCACAGUUACUAGAGACUGACCUUUUAAACAAGGGAGACUAUCACAAUGCAAAAGUUAGGGAUGUGCAUGAACCACAGUCAAGUACUCCAGUGAUAGGAACUCUGGGUACUUCCCCCAAUUUAAUAAAGAUUGUUUGGUUUAAUGGUAAAGAUGAAAAUGCCAAUAUACUACAGCUGAAGCACUAUACUAUGCAGAAAUACAUAUCUAGAAAUAAAGAUGGUAGUACUUUGACCUGCCAUCAAAUGUUGACAUGUGAAAAGCAGAUUGAUAUACAAAAGAUUGGCAUUUUGAGCAAAUUCUUGCAAAAUAACAUUUCAGAACUCUAUAAUAUCAUUCUGAAAACAAAUAUAGUUUCUUUGCUCAAUCACUUUGUUUCUUUCAUAAGAAAUGGAGAUGACUCAGAAGAGGGUUACAUCUUCAAAUGCUUAGUGCAUUUGAAUUAUUUGAAAAAUAUUAUAAAGGAAAGUCAUGUUGUAUAUCUAACAAGGAUUUUCAUUUCUUCAAGACCAUUAGUAAACAACACAAAAUCUAUGGCAAAGAAAAGAAAGCUAUUUAAAAUGGAGCAUGUUCUUGAAGGGGCUCAGAAACACAGCAUCAUCUCUCUUAGUAUAGCAACUAAAAGGUUUCCAAUUUACAAACCACAUGAAAAUGUUCCUCUUUUACUGGAUUUUGAGGACACGGAAGGACUUUCUUUGUCAAAAGAGCCUAGUUAUGAGAAUGCAAGUUGUUCUGAGCAAUUCCUAAAUGUGGAGAAUUGGGCUUACUAUAGUUUUGGUAUUGCUAGCACACAUGUGAAAUCUGAUAUGCUAUUUAUACAGAAUAACUGUGGACAUACUAGUGAAAAAUACUAUGAAAGUGGUAUGUCCAAUCAAGAUUUAGAUAUUGAAAAGAAGCAGAAGCAAAAGACACCUCAUUCUAUUUUUCAGUUCGUAUUUGAACAUAUUUUUAAUGCUAGGCAACUGAGCACAUUGCUAAACGAAAAUAAAAUACAUAGUGAUCAGAUAAAUGCUAUGAUGAUAACUCAGAAGUCCAACUUGGAGAACUUGCUAGAUGACAUAGAAUGGAAAAUAUAUGAUUUUAUUUUGAAGAAAUAUGUCAAGAUCACAGAAAGUUCAAGUAGUUUCCAAGUUCAUAAAGCUAUCGGCAUAGAGAAAAAAGAGGAUAAUCCUCCCCCAAUCGAAAGCGAGUCUUCAGUGCAGGUAGCUUCACGAGUGAGUAAGGACAUAAAUGUGAGAGAAAUUAUAUCUGCUAAUCAAAAUAGUGGAGCUAACACAAAAGAGACUGGAGACAUUUUGCAAGAAGGCGAGUUAGCUAAUUCAGCACGUUUUCAUCCAGAGAAUGACUCUACAUUAUAUGCUGAUCAUCAGUUUGAAAGUGAUUCAAGUGGAGAGAACAAUGAAUGUUUUCAGGGCUUAGCUGAUCCAUGUUUACCAACAGAAACUCUGCCAAUAGCAAAGGAUUUCGAGAUGAAGAGUAAAUUUGAUUUAGUACUUGAAGAGCUUCGUAUGUUUCAUGAAAUUAGUAAAGAAAAUGAAAUUCCAAGUACAGCAGAAGCAAACAAUAGGAAAGAAAAUUACUUUGGAGAAAGUAAUGAUGUUAAGGAGGCAAGAAUGGAGAUAGAAAAAGAUUUGGAAAUGGUUGAAACCAACAAAAGAAAUGCACCUGCUUUGCCCCUUGAUUUGAAAGCAGGCUCCAACAUGCAUAAAAGACACCAACGUUUAUUUAAUUGGAAAGCAAUCCCUACUCAUGGGGGACAGGCAGUUCCAAAUGAAUAUUGCUGUCCACGAUCAGAGGAAGAAUCCCUCCAUUCUACUCCUGAGGAAGAUUAUAAGAAACCUUUCCACAAAAGUCCUGCCUUUUCUGCUGAGGAAUGUAAAAAAGAAAAGAAUGAUUAUUUAUUGAAGGGAGGCAGUCAUUUGUCACAUGGCAUUUCCAGAGUACAGCCUCUUAAGACGUGCAACCGUCCAAUUAGAGUUGGCUUGUCAAGAAGAGCUAGGCUGAAACAGCUCCAUCCUUAUCUGAAAUGA